AUGUCCGAGGAGACGUCGCCGAGAUCAUCACAAGUUGCCGCUUCGCAGAGGAACGCCUUCCGGGACUACGUUGUUGCAUAUAAACUUUCGCAGAAUCCGUUAAAACCUUUAAUAUUUGAAGAUAUACUCGGAGAAAAGACUGACGUAAAUCUUAACUUUCAAGUACCAUCUCGUUGUGACUGCUUAGUCACCUUCUUCAAUGGCUUUACAGGCCACAAUGGCGAAUUACUGGAAUUUUUGUCGGGAUCAGAGUCAGACGAUUCUGAACUCGGAGAAUUUACGUGGAAGCCGCUUCGAAAGAUGACAGCCGGGCGUGAGAAACGUCUCUUAGUGCUUCGGAGGCGUCUUUAA